AAUGAAAUGGGCUUUAGCAGCAGCCGUGUUGGUAGUAGUGAGGCUGGGAUAGGGCGGGUCGAUCUGGAGAAAGAAGGAGGACGCGUAGAGGAAGCAGUUGAAGCAGCAGCAAGCAGCGCGAGAAGCAGCAGCUGGAGCUGGCGCAGCAGCAGCAGCAGCAGCUGAAGCAACAGCCAGAGCAGAGGCGGGCGAAACGUCUCCGUCGAAGCAACGGGCCUCUGCAGCAGGAGAAGCAAGAGCAGGCGCAGGAGCAGCGGCAGCAUCAGCCACCGCAGCCGCAGCAGCAGCAGCAGCAUUAGCAGUAGGAAAAGUACCCGGGCCAGUAGCCGUGACGAAGCUCCCAGUGCCAGAGUUCUUUCCAGAUUCCACCGACCUCGCGGAUGCGUGGGUGAGCCGGCCGCCCAUCGACGAGGGGAAGCCCAUCCGGUGGCGCAAGGGCGAGCUGAUCGGUGCGGGCGCGUACGGGUGCGUGUACAUGGGGCUCAACCUGGAGUCCGGGGAGCUGCUGGCCGUGAAGCAGGUGCUCAUUCCGAGCAGCUCCACCACCAAGGAGAAGGCGCAGGAGUACAUCAAGGGACUGGAGGCAGAAGUGGCAGUGCUGAGGAAUCUGUCGCACCCCAACAUUGUGCGCUAUCUGGGCACGGCAAGGGAGGAGGAGGCGCUCAACAUCUUCCUCGAGUUCGUUCCUGGAGGGUCCAUUGCCUCGCUGCUCAACAAGUUUGGGUGCUUCACGGAGAAGGUGAUCCGGAUGUACAACGCGGGGCUCAUGACAGGCCUCAGCUACCUUCACUACAAUCACAUCAUGCACCGCGACAUCAAGGGCGCCAACAUCCUGGUGGACAACAAGGGGUGCAUCAAGCUGGCUGAUUUCGGCGCGUCGAGGAAGCUGGCGGAUCUGGCGACGAUGAGCGGGUACAAGUCCAUGAAGGGCACGCCCUACUGGAUGGCGCCGGAAGUGAUAAAGCAGACGGGCCAUGGCAGGCCGGCGGACAUCUGGAGCGUGGCGUGCACUGUCAUUGAGAUGGCAACAGGCAAGCCGCCCUGGAGCGAAUUCCUCUCGCAGGUGUCGGCCCUGUUCCACAUAGCGCAGUCCAAGGGCCCGCCCCUCAUUCCAGAACACCUCUCCCCAGAGGCCAAGGACUUUCUGCUGCUGUGUUUCCACCGUGACCCCAACAAGCGCCCAAGUGCAGCUGAGCUACUCAAGCUUUCAGCAGCAGCAGAAGCAGCAGCGGUAACUGCAACAGCAGCAACUGGGGCAGCAGCAGCAGCAGCAGCAGUAGCAGCAGUGACGCCUACAAAAGCAGGAGCGCAGGCAUCUACAACUGCAGGCGCCCAACUCUCUCCCACUGCUCGUGGGAGGUCGCAGGGACCAGCUGCUGCUGCUGCUGCUGCUGCCACACUGACUGCCGCUGAAAUGUCCCUCAGUGACUUAGGAGAGGUACCUGCCUCAACCACUGACCCUCAAGCCUGCCCCUCCCUCGCAUCUACUCACAAUCGCCAGCACGCUCCUAGCAGCCCCCCGCCUGCUGGUGCUGACACCCCCACAUCACGCCUAGCUCACCCAACCACCCCCACCUCGCGCCUAACACCCUACAGCACCCAUGUCUCGCACCUAACUCACGAUAACGCUCCAGCCCAGCCUUUAGAAAGUGACUCGCCUGAUUCGUCUGCUGCCUUCUCCCAUAAGCUCACUCCUCUCACUCCCCUUACCCACCCGAUAGAGGCUGGGGAGCCAAACCCGUUGCUGUCCAGAUCAAAGGGACCAGGGCCGGGGCAGGAAAAGCAGGGGCAGAGGCAGGACGAACAGGGGAAGGGAGACGGUGGGCUGCGUAUGUCAAGGGCUCACCUGAUGUCAGUGACUAGCACGGGAUGGCAGCCAGGAACCUUCUCCGAGCUUUCUGAUCUCUCCUUUCGAAGCGACUUCAACCCCAUGGAGGAGCCCUCUCACAACGACCCGCUAGGCUCGUACGUGACAGCAGCAUGUGGGCACAGCGGGGGGGCGUCUCAACUGCCUGCACUGAAGACGAGGUUACAGGACCUCUUAGGGAGAACGUGAGGGCGGAUAGCGGGUCCCACGACGAUCUGAACAGUGAUUCUGUGGGCGGCACAAGCAGU